AUGCUUGUCAACAUAAGGGAUGCUGAGGAUGCAGACAACAGAGUGCUGAACUUACUUUGCAGAACUAAGACCCUUAGCACAAGAUAUUGUUACAACAUAGCACCAAGGAAGAAAACACGGACGAAGGAGGAAAUAUUACAAAAGAAAAGGGAUGCUGAAUGGAAAAAGUACGAGCGCCUCAAGAACGACCCGCGGAGAAGGGAAGAGCUAAGAGAAAAGGGACACCUGAAAUACCUUAAAAAAGAAAAAGAAAGGGGGACUAGGAAGCUUGUUAAAGAUAUGACGCCACGAGAUCACCGUUUACCGAAGAAUUACUAUAAUUGUUAA